ACCAUUUCGACUUGAACUUGUUUAGUUUAGUGGGAUGGGAGAUAAAAACUCACAUAAAACUGACUGUUGAAUGCUAGUUUUCUCUUCUUUGGAUGAAACUAGGAUGAUUGAUUCAAGAUAGUGUAUGGUCUCAUAAAGCAGGUAAAAUCUGAGUCUUCAGAACUUCAUGGAGAAGUCUUGAUUCGUGAUCUGAUUUUAAUCAAGAGCAAGUUUUACGCUACGAAUUGUGACAAGUGAUUUGUGUGUGUGGGCGGUCCGUCCUGACUUGCUGUGUGUGCUGUGGUGGUGGUGCCGACUGCUGUUGUUUGCCCCAUCAAAGUCAAUUUAUAUUGUAAAAAAUCAUUGAUAAAUUUCACAUUAUUCUCCGAUGCAGCAAACGUCAUCUUCAUUACUCAUUUUAAGAAUAUUACUGCGGACUAAAUGAAAUAUGGUUCUUGAUUUUUAAUAAUAAGUCACACUUUUAAUUAUUGAACUUUUUUAAAUCUUCGACCAAUUAUCAAACUAAAUACUGACAAAAAUAGAAAAUAAUUUAUCGGAAACCAGUCAGAAAUGGAGGAUAUUUUCUCCCAAAUCCGUGAGGGCAAUGCUAUGCAUGUACGAGUUUGGCUGGACAAUGUGGAGAAUGAUCCAAACCAGGGUGAUGACCAUGGGUUUAGCCCCAUGCAUUGGGCGUGUAAGGAAGGGCGGGGCAACAUUGUGGAUAUGCUGAUAGGUAGAGGAGCUAAGAUAAAUGCCACCAACAUGGGCGAUGAUACUGCCUUACAUCUUGCUGCUGCACAUGGCCACCGAGAAAUUGUCCAAAAGCUUCUCCAGUUUAGAGCGGAUGUGAAUGCAGUCAACGAGCACGGUAACACUCCGCUGCAUUAUGCAUGCUUCUGGAAUUAUGAGUUAAUCGCUGACGAUCUCGUAAAUAGUGGUUCCCUAGUCAGCCUUUGCAAUAAGUUCAAUGAUACUCCAUUGGACAAAGCCAAACCUGGACUUAAGAGUGUUCUGAAAGAUCGAGCUGCAGCUAAUGGUCAAGAUCUGAACAAAGUGCCAUAUAAGACUAACAACUGGGGAGGCAUGAAAACUAGGACACGAGACGGAACGCUUUCACGGUUUGCUGGCAUUGAUCUCAAACAUGUGAAGCUUCAAACCAAAGCUGGCAGCAGCCCAACUGGAGAGAUGUGGAAGGGUAUGUGGCAAGGCACCGAGGUGAUGGCCAAGGUGCUGAGACAGCACAACAUCACAUCUCGCAUCUCCAGGGAGUUCGGAGAGGAGUUCCCUCGUCUGCGUAUUUUCUCUCAUCCCAACAUCCAUGCCGUGCUGGGCUGCGUCAAUCAACCCCCUAAUCUGAUUGUCUUGAGUGAAUACCAACCUCAUGGGUCACUCUUUCAUGUCCUUCAUGAAGCAACCGAUGUAAUGGUUGAUCAGGCACAGACUCUACGGUUCGCUGUGGAUAUUGCAAGAGGUAUGGCUUUCCUACAUGCUAUGGAACCUCUCAUACCUCGGUACUACCUCAACAGCAAAAAUAUCUUAAUUGAUGAAGAACUGACGGCUAAGAUCAAUAUGGGAGAUACUAGAUUCUCCUUUCAGAAUCGAGGGAAGCUCUUCAAUCCAGCUUGGACUGCCCCUGAAGCUCUUACAAAGGAUCCUGAGGACAUGAAUGUGAGGUCAGCUGACAUGUGGAGCUUCGCCAUCCUGCUGUGGGAGUGUGUCACUAGGGAGGUACCAUUUGCCGGGUUGUCUCCCAUGGAAAUUGGCAUGAAGAUUGUUGGGGAGGGCCUACGUGUUGACUUGUCUCCAGGGAUCUCACCACACGUAGUCAAGCUGAUGAAGAUUUGUAUGAAUGAAGACCCGACCAAGAGACCAAGAUUUGAUCGGAUUAUGCCCAUCCUAGACAAGAUGCGGACCUCUUAAUGUUCUCAGGAGUCAAUCUGACUCUCUUUUCAUCAGCAUUUUUUUUACGAGGAACCUUCCUAAAUCUUUCAACUCUUUAAAAAGGCCAAGUAACACUGCAGCGAUAUCGAGAACUGAUAACGAUCACGCCGCAAAGAGAACGCAUUCUAUUGGUUGAAUUGCUCCACGCAGAAUACGUCCACGCUUAUUCAACCAAUUGAGAGCGUGCAUUGUUAACAUUCUUGUAGUUGUUCUCGUUAUCGAUGGCCUGUGUGACUGGGCCUUUAACCCAACAUUUGUACGAGGACCGAAUUGGUGUGUCUAGCCUCAUUUAUUAAUGUAUUUCUUUUUCAGCCAUUCAGAGUGGCUGCUGUUAAGUGUUUUGGAAAACAAACAAGACCAUCUUUGAGAACAUUACAGUUCGCCUCUUAGCCGUUCUUUAUGGCUUUACUAGUUGCCAAUGUAUAGUAGUUUUACAUUGUAUAGUACUUAAUGCCAAUGCUAUUUAAAUGUUACAAGUAGUGGAUUAGCUGUUACUUCUACACUAAUGCUUCCAUAACUACACAAACAAAAACUAUUAUAAAAUGCCUGUAUUUUUAUAGCUUUAUGAACAAACGUUUGUUUAAUAUUUAACUCAAGUUAACUUGAAGAUUGCACACUAGACAAGUUUAAACGACAACACUCACCCCCCACCCCCCCCCCCAAAAAAAA